AUGGUGGAAUUUUCUGAAUCUGAAAGCAUUUUCAACAUGCUUUUCUUUAGCAGCAAGACAGUUGAAGAAAGCGGUAUACCUGCACAUGUGGUGGCUGCCAUUGAUGUAAACGAUGUUGCUAAUGAAGUAUACAAGUAUAAUUUUCCUGAAACACAGUUACUAGCCAAGACAAUUGAAGGCAUUUCAUUAGAAGAGUUUGAUAGAUUAUCUUUCAAUAUGAUUUUAAUGAGCCCUCCCUGUCAACCAUUCACAAGAAUUGGUCUGCAAGGUGAUGUGACUGAUCCAAGGACGAAUAGCUUCUUAUAUAUUCUAGAUAUUCUCCCAAGGUUACAAACAUUACCGAAGUAUAUUCUUUUAGAAAAUGUUAAAGGUUUUGAAGUAUCUUCUGCAAGAGACCUGUUAAUAAAAACAAUAGAAAAUUGCGGCUUUCAGUACCAAGAAUUUCUAUUAUCGCCAACCUCUCUUGGCAUUCCAAAUUCAAGACUACGGUAUUUCCUUAUUGCAAAGCUUCAGUCAGAGCCAUUACCUUUUCAAGCCCCUGGUCAGGUACUGAUGGAGUUUCCCAAAAUGGAAUCUGAACAUCCUCAGCAACAUGCAAUAGAUGCAGUAAAUAAAAUUGAAGGAAAGAAAAUUGAACCAAAUAUUUGCUUUGAUAGCAGCAGACAGUGUUCAGGAAAAGAACCCAUUCUUUUUAAGCUUGAAACUGCAGAAGAAAUUGAGCGGAAACAUCAACAGGACAGUGACCUCUCUGUACAAAUGCUAAAAGAUUUUCUUGAAGAUGAUAUUGACACGAAUCAGUACUUUUUACCACCAAAGUCAUUGCUGCGAUAUGCUCUUUUGUUAGACAUUGUUACGCCCACUUGCAGAAGAUCCAUGUGCUUUACAAAAGGUUAUGGGAGGUACAUAGAAGGGACAGGAUCUGUGUUACAGACUGCAGAGGAUGUGCAGAUUGAGGAUAUCUACAAAUCUCUUACCGAUUUGUCACAAGAAGAAAAGAUAACAAAAUUGUUAAUGCUUAAACUUCGAUAUUUCACUCCUAAAGAAAUCGCAAAUCUUCUUGGAUUUCCUCCAGAGUUUGGAUUUCCUGAGAAUAUAACAGUGAAACAGCGUUAUCGACUACUUGGAAAUAGUCUCAACGUACAUGUAGUAGCUAAACUAAUCAAAGUACUAUACGGAUAAUCUUAAAUGACUUUGAAAGAUGGUUACAGUAUUCCUUCAUAUCCAGAUGGUAAUUCUGAAAUUCUAGUUUAAUUAAUUUUGAUGAAAUUCAACUACAUUACCUUACUUUCUCAUAACAAAUUUGAAUGUAUCAUAAAAAUGCCAAUUUGUUUCCUUACAUUUAUAUUAUGUCUUUUGUAAAGUGAAAUUAUUGUUAUUCUUUAGGUGAAUAUAUUUUCAUAUGAAGUCAUUAAAUAUAUGUCUAAUAUUCUUUUUUAUAAUAUGGUAUUAAAUAACUUUAGGAACAUUAGAAUUUAAAUGUUUUCAUCAAUAUUUUAUACAGAGACAUAAUAGGCAUAUUGUAAUGAACCUGAGAAAUUGUAUUUUUUUGUGUUAAAGAAGUUGUUUUAUGAA